AUGGGGUGCUUCCUUGCCUGUUUUGGUUUUUCUAAGAAAAAAAAGCGGCGAAAACCAGGUAACAAAGUUGCAGCUGCUGGAGACCAGGGACGUGGGAGCUAUGUACCAUUAGAUUCAUCUCUGACGAUUAUUGGUGUCGAUGGUGCAAAAGAAAGUCUCCGUAGUGCAGGUUCUGAACUCAGAGACAAGCCUAAGGAGCAGACAAGGUUCAAAAUCAGAAAGAAAGUUAGCUUCAAUCUUAAUGUCCAGACCUAUGAGCCUAUUUCGACUGGUUAUCAUUUCUUGGAGAGUGACGAGGAGGAGGAAGUGGAAAAGAAUGGCCAAGAAGUAUCAAAAGGAAGCCUUUCCACUUCAGCAUCUCAAAGGGAUUCAACUACAUUGCGGAUGGGACUUUUUCCUUCAAAUUACAGGUACCAAAAUGUUCGAGACAGCUACGACGAAGACGACCAUAUAGCAGAUGAGGAAAGUGAUUUAGAUGACAAUUAUAACGACAUUGAUGAUGAUGAUGACAGUGAAAUUGAUGAUCAAAGAAUAAGCCAAGAGGGGUUUUCAAGGCAAUUCUGUUCUUCCUCUAUAAAAAGGGAAUUGGAAUGUCCAAAUGCUAGAGGUAAUAUCCAGUAUGUACAUUCUGUACUGAGUCCAGUAGAGAAUCUGACUCAGUGGAAAGCAGCCAAAGCAAAAGCAGCAGCACCAAAGCAGCAAAAGGAGAAUAUAGCAGCAUUAUCUCAAGAACCCCGGAUGCCGCCUUCUAGCAGAUCAAGUUAUAACCAGUCCAAACCUCUAUUGCAAGAAAUCCCAGUUCAUGCCAGUCUUUCAAGUUGGUUAAAUUCACAAAGUACAAAUUAG